UCUGCAGGUUUUGACGGAGAAGAUGUUCCACUUGCUAUGAAAACCGACGCAAAAUCUGUCCGGAUGAUAGUCGAAGAGAGCGUCCGAUACGACCAAGCGAGUCCAGAAGGCAGCCGCGAAUGGAGAUACACAGCGCAUCCCCUCGGUUCCGGUGUCGUACAUCUUGGACCGCGACAUAGGUCCCUUUUUGUGAACAUGUUUCACCAGCUGCAUUGUAUCGAGUAUUUCGCCGAAAACCUUGUCAGGGCCCAUGACGGGGAGCGGGAACAUCUGCAGCAUUGCCUCGACUUUAUGAGGAUAAUGACCCUCUGCCGUCCUGAUUUAACGCUAGAGCUUGAAGACUUUUCGAGGCGGAAUUUCACUUCGGAACGUACAGGAGCAGAACAUGUAUGCAGGGACUGGACACCUGCGUACAAUAAAGCUACAGAGAGCUACUUAGCAUGGAGGAAGAUCAGAGACGAGCAAACAAGCAGGGAAGGCAACGAUUAG